CAGAAGAUGUCAACACAAGUUGGAGCUUCGGUUCCUCCCACCGGUAUCACGCCGAAUUUUGAUCAACCGCAAGAUGUCUUAUAUACCGUCAACUUUCUCGUGGAGAUCUUGUGUAUCGCUCUUGUUGUUACGUUCGUAUCAUUGCGGAUCUAUGUCAGAGCUUGCACGAUGAAACAAAUUGAGAAGGAAGACUGGGCGUGUGUUGCCGCUGGGGUAUAUUCUCUAAGUGGCAUAAUCUUUUUGGGCCAUUUCGGCGGAGGACACCAUAUCUGGGAGGUGACUGAGGAGGCCUUCGUCAAGUAUCAAAAGGUUCAGUAUGUGGACGCUAUUCUAUACGGCCCUACAGCAUAUCUCACCAAAGUCACUCUACUCCUCAUCUUGGCACGCCCGCUCGCCCCAUACAAGAAAAUAAUGGCCUUGAUCUGGGGUUCCAUGGGAGCCAUGUUGGCAUUUUACAUUUUCAUCACUAUCCUCAAAAUUCGGAUCUGUACGCCGAUAGAUUUGUUCUGGGACCCAAAAGUUCAAGGUUCUUGCUGGAACGAGCAUUUGAUUUUGAUCGCAGAUACAGUCAUGAGUGUAGUUUCGGAUCUGGCUGUUUUGGCUCUCCCUAUGCCGCUGCUAUGGUGUAUGCAGAUACCUGUCAAGAAGAAGCUUGGAAUUGCAGCUUUACUUGGAUUUGGUGGUGUCGCAACUGCAACCAGUAUUGUUCGCUUGGUUUUGAUAUUUGGUUCUUUGGCACCAGACAAGACUGUGGCUGGGGUCCAAUUCAAGCUACUUGAAGUCGCAGAAAUUACAAUCGGCAUUCUCUGUGCUUGCUCCCCAGCUUUCAACAUCUAUUCCAUCCAAGCUCAAGAAGAACGAAUCGCCACAAGAGCCCGAUACACAACUAAUGUGGAGAUAAGUAAGUUGGACACCUCGAGCAAAGGUUCAAAACUACCAACCGGGAUAAUGCACGAGAAAUAUAUAGAGAAUGGAUCCUCGGAGAAUGUGUCAACGUGGUAAGGAGGGCCGUUGCAGAAAGGGACGCAGAAUCAAUGGCCGAGGACAAGAUCCAAA